CGAUUGUCCUUCGGUGCCUUUUAAAACAUGGCUUUUGACGUUGUCGGCGGAGAUUUAAAUUCAUGUAAAUCUGUUGAUAUAAUUGAUGAACAAACUGUCGUCGACGAUCUCUCAAUAGUUCCACUUGAAAGACACGGCUUUGGAAUAUGUGAGUGUUGUGGUCGUGUAGGGCGUGUUAGAGAUUUUUAUAUAAAAAACAAUAAGGUCUGCUCACUGCAAUGCCAUAAAAGUUGUACCAGUAAGAGGCAUAGGUACAACUGGAAAUUUAAGCUCAUGGAAGGAACUGAACAUAUGGAGGGAAUGAUCCCUUUAGAGCCUCUGCCACAGCUGCAACAGUGGCAUGCCACACUUAAUGAUUUGAUACAGGCUGGACCUAUAAAACCUUCUGCAGCACACAUAGCACAUAGUUAUGAAUGGAAAGAUGAACUGUUUGGCUGUGACUUCCUUGCUGCCCCAGUGAGCUUAUUUAAACAUGCACCGCUUCAUGAUAUGUGGGAUAGUACAUUUGAAGGAAUGAAAGUUGAAGUAAAAAACACAGACUGUGAAAAUACAUCAGAGAAACUUGGUGAUUACUUUUGGGUAGCCACAGUUUUAAAAGUAAAAGGCUACAUGGGCUUACUACGUUAUGAAGGUUUUGGAAGUGAUGAUUCAAAAGACUUUUGGGUUAAUCUUUGCUGCUCAGAAGUACAUCCAGUGGGCUGGUGUGCUACAAGAGGAAAACCUCUUAUACCACCUAAAAGUAUUGAGGAUAAAUACACAGAUUGGAAAAAGUUUUUAGUAAAGCAGCUAACAGGUGCCAGAACAUUACCAGCUAAUUUUUACAAUAAACUAAAUGAUUGUCUAGCAUCAAGAUUUACUAUUGGCUCUAUUAUGGAAGUAGUUGAUAAAAAUCGGAUCUCACAAGUUAAGGUGGCAAGUGUAGUAGAAAUCAUAGGUAAAAGAUUGCAUAUCAAAUAUUAUGACAGUUCACCAGAAGACAAUGGAUUUUGGUGUCAUGAAGACUCACCAUUAAUACAUCCAGUUGGAUGGGCGUUUCGAGUUGGACAUCCAUUAGACGCACCACAGAGCUACUGCCAAAGAGUAGCCGCAGGGCGACUGAUUCCCCAUGAUACCACACUGGAACAGUUUUAUAAGUACCCUACAAAUGAACCACCACUAUUUGCAGAAGGAAUGAAGCUAGAAGCUAUAGAUCCUUUAAAUUUGUCUGCUGUGUGUGCAGCUACUGUAAUGCAAAUAUUGAAUGAAGGAUAUAUGAUGAUACGAAUAGACUGUUACCCUGCUGAUGCAACUGCAGCUGAUUGGUUCUGCUAUCAUCAAAGAUCACCUUGCAUAUUCCCUGUGGGAUUUGCUUUAGCCAAUAAUAUUCCGCUGGUGCCGCCUUCUGGUUUCUCAGCAGAAGAAUUUAACUGGGAAACGUAUUUAGCAGUAUCGGGCAGUCGCGCAGCUAACCGAGCUUUGUUCGGAGCUCGAGGGCACGUCGUGUCGCACGGUUUUGUCGCCGGCAUGCGGCUGGAAUGCGCCGAUCUUAUGGACCCGAGGCUUGUUUGUGUUGCUACUAUUGCGAGAGUUGUUGCUGAUUUGCUUAAGGUACAUUUCGAUGGUUGGGGCACCGAAUACGAUCAGUGGUUAUGGGCGCAUAGUACGGAUAUGUAUCCAGUAGGGUGGUGCAGGGCCGUUGGACACAGACUCGAAGGUCCGCUACAGCCACCGCCGAGGGCCAUUCGUAAACAGACUCCGAAGCAACCAAAACGACGACGUAGACAACCAGCACCAAAAGUAGCAUCGCAGCCACCGAACACAACGGAAGAUAGCUCCCAAAAUUCUGACAUGGGUGAUACAAAAAGCCUCUCACCACCUACUAGUGUUUCGGUUGAUACAGAAAUAUCGGCGGACGCGGAACCUCGCCCCGAGGUUGAAGCUGAAUCCGUAACGAAGAUGGAGGUUGAUGAAUCGAAGGAAACUGAGCAAACAGUAGAAAUAAAAGAAGAUUCAAUGUUUCAGGAUAUUCCAUUGAAAGAACCCCCCGAAGAGAACGAUUCUUCGCAAGCCAGUUCUGAAGAGCCUCUAGCAGAUUUCAACGAAUUGCCUCGAGAGGACGAUGACAAAGUGAUACCUAGACUAGUCAACACCUCAGUGCCCUUAGACAUACUGAAUUCUGUAGAUCCAGUGAAUUGGAGUACCGCAGAUGUAGCUAAGUUUCUCACAGUCAAUGGUUGCCAACCUUAUUGCGUCAACUUCGCAAACAUCACAGGUCCCAUGAUGCUACAACUUACAAAAGACGAAAUUAUAGAACUUUUAGAAAUGAAAGUAGGUCCUUCGUUGAAAAUUUUCGACUUAAUACAGCAAUUGAAAUGCAAGAUAAAACAACCUCAAUGCAGAUUGUUGGGUAGUUUUAAUAAAUAGGAUACUUCCAUAUCAGGGUUGGGCCUUGCAAAGUACAAUUUAAUAGUGAAAAAUCAUACAGUGGCCUUUAAAUCAACUUCCAGUAAUAUUCAGUUUUGUAUUGUCUGCGUAUGCAGAAUAAGAGUAGCGCUUCU